AUGUUCCGACAUCAGUCUUCUUCCAAUCAUGUCAUGUCGGCCAUGAGCUAUUCAUCAAUGUCGUCGUCCUAUUCGAAUCAACCAGUGAACCAGACGGAAGAAAUGGAUAUCUCUGAACCUGAUACACAGAGCGAUUACAUCACGGGUAACAUAGAUCCGACGAUUGAGUCCGAGGUUGCGAAUGACAGUCCUACCAGGUUUCGGUGUGCACUCUGCUUUUUUGGUCUUCCAAGGUCUUAUUCCUCAAUCGUGCUGCCAAGCAUCGAAAAGAACAUUCUAGAUCCCAAUGCCAAAUAUCAAUGCGACAUUUUCGUCCACUACUUCCAUCAAACGCAAGAAGCUGCUGGUCGAUACAACAAUGGCGGAAGUAUCAAUCCUGAUGAAAUAUUUCUCUUGAAACCAGCAGUCAUUGAGAGAUUCAAUGAAACACUUAUAGAAAAUGCAAGCGAAAAGAAUUACUCCAGAAUGACGCUACUCUUUGCCAAUGACACCAAUGCCACGUUUUACGAAAAGCGAGCCUCCGACUUGCACCGUUAUCAUACGACUCUGGACAGCGAAGGAAACCCAAAGUACUUUCCCUGGAAAGCUCCGACUUGGCAAACCUCCAGUUUGGAUAAUAUGAUAAGACAGUGGCAUUCCGUUGAGGCAGUAUUUGGAAUGAUGACUGAAUAUGCAAAUCGUCACAAUAUUGAAUACAAGAGGGUCGCGAUGCUUCGAAAUGAUGUUUGUUACGUGACUCCUGUGGAUAUUAUGAAACUCGAUGGUGGAAAGUUUGAUGACAAGAAUGCCUUUUUUGUAAUUCCAAACUUUGCCAAGUGGCCUGUCAAUGAUCGCAUGAUAUAUGGGCCCUAUGAGGCUGUCAAAAUUUGGGCUACGCAACGAUUCCGAUUGAUGGAAGAGAGGGUCGAAACGAAACCAGAUGUUGGAUGGAACAUGCAUUCUGAACGAUUUAUGAAGGCAUCCAUUCUUCCAGCCAUGAAGGCUCUCGGUUACAGGAAGAGUGUCAGUAGUGAUAUAUGUUUCUUUCGAACUCGCACGAAGGGAAUGCUUAUGACCAGUGACUGCUUUCAAAAGGGCAAAAUUCGAGGUUUCAUCCAGCAUCAGAAGCCAAACAUUAAGAAGAUUGUCGAGGACACUGUCGGUCGAAACUGUUCUAAUGUCAUCAUCGAUAUGGAAAAUAAAAGGUUUCAUUACAUGUUCUGCUAA